UUUAUCUAUCAUCUUUUUCUGGUGCACGGAAAAGCUUCGUAGUUCAUGAAAAAAAGACCUUAGAGCAAUUCAGAAUGGAAAUCGGUAGGGAAAAUGUUGACCCGAAUUGCGCCCAAUCUGUUCUGCUCGAGCACGAUUAUUCAACCAUGUUUUGUCACAAUAACGAUAAUUCUAUUGAAAACGUGCAUAAAGUGAAUGAUGGGAUAGAAAAUGAUAAAAAGUUUCACACAGCUUUCAAAACCGUUGACAAGUGGGCUGACAACGUGAUAUUACGAUUGUCCACUGAUGUUGACCGAAAAAAAAUCGUGGAUCGUGAAAUAACAAUUCAUAAAGUGAAGUAUCCUUUUUUGCCGGAACAACAGAUACGCGGAAAAGUUUACAAAAAAUUUGGCAUCCCAACGGUAAUGGGAAGUUUGCUCAGCCGCAAAAGAGACCGGAAAAAAAUGGUUGAUACUAAAAAAUGGCACUCGAUACAGGACCUUUCUGAAAAUGAAGAUAAAGUUAAUGAAAAAAAUCACCCCUCGGCUUCGAGUAACUUCAAGAAUGAUUUGCAACUCAAACCAGAACCUGCUACUUCAGAACUACUUGACCAAGUAUCCAUAAGUUCUCAGCCGACACAAAUAGUACCUUUUGUUUUCGAAGCAUCAACUUCAAUUCUGGAAAAACCAAACAUGUCCGACAGCACCAAAAUUUUGAAAGGAUCAAUGGAAAAUAUUCUAGAAUGUGAUCUGGGAGAUUUGCCAACUCAAAAAUACGAAUGUAGUUCGAGAAACUUCCCAGAACUCGAUAUCAACGGGAAUUCACCAGCAAGAUAUUUUCUGCAGGUGGAAAAAACACAAAAGAGAAAAAGAAAAAUGAAUGAGAGUCCGCCUGCAAAAAUGUACAAAAAUGAAAGGAACUGCAAAAAAAUGAAAAUCAGUGAAAAUUUGCCAACAACUUAUAUUCCAACUGAAAAAAUGCCAGGAAAGAAAAGAAAAAUUUCAGUGAGCCCAACCGUGGCCCCACUUAAAGGCAACGGACAUUGCAAAAAAACCAAAAUAUCUGGGUUAAAUGUUCUGGAAAAUUCUCAAGAUCGUGAUAUCAUAACACUCGACCACUCGUAUAGCAGCAGCAACAGCAGUAGCGAAAUGAAUGAAAAAUCUCAGAAAUUACCAUCAUUUUCCAUAAUUGCAAAGAAGUCUCGAGGGUUGUUCUACGGGAAUUCUGGAGUUGCAAAAUCUGCUGAGAAUGAUUCUGAAGACAAAGAAAAUGGAGAAAAUAAUCUUCGCAAGGGAGGAGGAGGGAUCGUUCUUAACGAAUUUUCAGAGCUUGGGAAAAAUAUACUUUCUCCCAUUGUUUUUUCACCAGUGCCAAAUCUAACAAUUGAUUCUAUGGAAAUUUCGCCGGAAAAACAAACCUUUGAACAUUUUUCAAAAUCUUCGAAUUUCUGUGGGAUUUCUUCUAAACGAGAUACCACUUUAAAAAGGAAGAAUUCAACAAACUUCAAUGGCUCAGACACUUUUCAAAUUCCCGACGAUUCCGAAGUCGAAAUUCGCCCAACAAAUUCUGGUUCUUGUCAACGGGAUAUGUCUCAUGUUUUUGUCAAUGAUCUCUCAAGUCGAUGUUGCGAAUACGAUAGAGACCUCACGGAAACUUCAAAAUGGUCUAAUUCUGCCAACUAUUUUCAUAAUCUGGAAUUGAUUUCCAAAAAUGUUCUCAAAAUCCAUACAAACCCUGAAGAAUUUGAGAUAAGGGAAAAGGUUGAAGAAUUAUUGCAGAGUUUGCAAAACGAGCAAUUUUGA